CAUCAAUCAACGAAUAAUUUAAAAGUUUCAUGCAAAGCUUCAACUGCAGUACUGGUGACAUUAAUCAAACUUAGAAACUAUGUUUUUAAUUGUAAUACCUAACACAUAGCAAGUAGCAAAAAAUAAAAAUCAAGUAGCACGAGUUGUUCAAAAGUAGCAGAAUUCUGUUACUUUUCGUCCAAUCUGGCAACGCUGUUGAACUCAUAACAGAUUACGUUCGCCUGUCGAGCGGAAUUUUUUUCAUUUCGCAUGCAGUUCGAAGUCCGAAGCGAAUUUUUUGUCAAAUUUACGUUCGAACUCUGAAGCAUUCUAAGUUAUAGUCCUCCGAAUUACGAGAUACCAUUAUAUAUCAAAAUUGCGUUAAAAAGUCAAAUUUAAGAAGAGCUUAAAAUUAAAUUAAAAUAACGUAAUAUACCAUAUAUAAUCAUCGUUAUAUAUAAAUUAAAUUAUCGUUAAUAUAAAUUACCCUAUCACACACUUUUAACAAAAAAGAAAAAAUAGCAGAUGGCGCUGAUCUCCAAAUGCUUUUCGGCCGUCUGCUGUGACAAGUGAUAAACAACCGUAAAUAUAUGGAAUGUGGCUAAAUAAAGGUUUAUUUCUAGAUGGAAUUAUGUUUGGAACAAAGCUUAAUAUCGUUAAAGUUAGCGUAUUAUCGAGGAUUGCUGUUAUUCUACUUCAAGUACUCUUCAAUAAUAUAAUACCAGAUCAUUCACCUGAUGUGUUCCAGUCUCCAGUACAAGAUGAUGUAACUAUUGGAGAUGUCAUUGUCACCAGAAUGCUCAGUGGUUUUAAACGAUGGGAUGCCCAAUACUUUCUCCACAUUGCGAGAUAUGGUUAUACAUAUGAAAACACUCUGGCUUUCUUUCCAUUUUAUCCCUCACUAAUUUACUACUUUGCAACUCUUCUUGAUAGUUGCUUUAGUUAUAUUUUAAGUUUCCAUUCACUUCUUUUAAUUAGUGGAGUUCUGAUUAAUUUGAUGUGCUUUGUCUUAUCAGCCAUUGCCUUACAUGGACUUAGUAAUUUAGUUUUGAAGGACAGGAGAGCAGCAGACAUAACCGUUCUUUUAUUUUGUAUUAAUCCCGCAUCAAUUUUUUUCUCUGCAUGCUAUUCUGAAUGCCUUUUUUCCUUUCUGACAUUUAUGGGAAUGUGGCACUUGGAGAAGAAUAACAACAUAAUUGCAUCAAUUUUAUUUGGUUUUAGUAGCAUAACUAGAUCUAAUGGUACUAUCUCUAGUUGUUUUGUUUUACAUGCAGAGAUCAAGAGUUUACAUAGCAAGUUACAAAUUCUUCAUGAUUUGCCAUUUGAAAAAAUAAGAUAUACUAUUCAAUGGAUCAUCACACUUUUCAUUAAGUUGUUGAUAUGCACAAUUCCUUUUGUUAUAUUUCAGUUUUAUACUUGUUUAUUGUAUUGUUUACCCCAGUCUAUGAAUUUGUCAUGGCCAGAAAGUAUCAGCGAAUAUGGUGCACAGAGAAAUUACACAUUACCCGGAGAAAAUCCAGGCAAAUGGUGUAAUCAUAACAUUCCAUUUUCAUAUUCAUACAUUCAAAGUGAAUACUGGAAUGUUGGUUUCUUAAAUUAUUACAGAUUUAAACAAAUACCAAAUUUUGUAUUGUGUUUCCCAAUUGUUUUCAUCAUGAUUUCGGCAGCUGUAAGUUAUUACCAAAAAAAUAAGAACUUUUGUCUCUCUCUUGGAUUUGUUACAUAUAAAAAGAAAAGUAGAGAGUUCUUUGACAAUGAAGAUUGUUUUGUAUAUUUAGUUCAUUCUUUUGCAUUAACAUUAAUGUGCUUCCUGUGCAUACAUGUUCAGGUAAUCGCCAGACUGUUGGCCUCAUCCAGUCCAGUUCUUUACUGGGUUGCAGCUAGAACCGUCAGCGAAGAGAUAUCAAAGGACCACCCGGUUGUGGGUAAAUCAGAGUUCUCUGUAAAACUCUCUCAAUUAAUUUCAGUACCCAACAACUACAUCACUUGGCACGAUCCAAGAACAAAACUGAUAUUUGCUUAUUUUUUGCUCUACUUUUUGUUUGGAAUUAUUAUUCAUGUGAAUUAUUUACCUUGGACGUAAGAAAAUUCCAUUUAAGAACUGUGACUAA